AUGACACCAGAAGAAUCGAUUACCCUCAUCAAGGCCAACUUAGCUGAAGUCAUGAAUCCCGAGAUCAUCGACAAUGUAAUCCUCAAAGAGAAACGACCCCUCCGCGUCUACUGGGGAACCGCCCCGACAGGAAAACUACACUGCGGCUACUUCGUGCCAACGAUCAACAUCGCCGAACUUCUCCACGCAGGAUGCCACGUCAAGAUCCUUCUCGCCGAUAAGCACGCACACAUGGACAGCCUGGCGCCUCUCGAAGUGAUCGAACACCAAUGCGACUACUACAGGCUUCUGAUCAAUAGCUCCCUCAAGGCUAUUGGCGUCGAUGUCUCCAAGCUGGAGUUUGUAGUUGGAAGCUCAUUCCAGGACAGCAAAGAAUAUCAGCUCGACCGAUUUCGAUUUUCGAAUAAUGUUAACAAUCCGACUUUGGGUAGCUUGGAAUACCCCAUUUGGCAAAGCCUUGACGAGGAGGAUCUUGAUGUUGACGCAGAACUGGGCGGUGUGGACCAGCGCAAACUAUUCACAUUUUUCAUUGAUCAUAUGCCCAAAACCGGUUACAAGGUGCGAGCACAUUUGAUGAACCCCAUGGUUCCCGGUCUUGGAGAGGCGCAAAAGAUGAGUUCAAGCGAACCAAGCUCCAAGAUCAAUCUUCUCGAUACUCCAGAAGAAGUCGCCAAACAGCUGAGAAAGGCCGUAUGCGCCCCGAAACGGGUUGAAGGAAAUGGUAUCAUUGCGUUUAUAGAACAUGUCAUCUUCCGAGUUGAGUCACUGAACUGGUGGCACGCCAAGCUCAAGGAGGAUUACGAGAGCGAUACUCUGACACCGCAGAUGAUCAAACCUGCGCUGAUCAAAGCACUCAACGAUCUUCUGGACCCCAUUCGGAAAGAUUUUGACUCAGGUGAGGAUUGGAAACGUGUUGCUGAUCUGGCUUACCCAGCUGAGGUGAAGCCUGAGAAAACAAAGAAGGAGAAGGACGGAAACAGAUCUCAAAGGCUGCCUAUUGGGACGCCAAUUCAGCAAGUUACAGAUGAGGUGCCCCAAACAGUAACUUGCUAA